GUGCCAAGAUGAAGCAUUUCCUGGCCUUGCUGGAGGAGCACAGGGCUUCUCCGGCCCCCCCACCAGAGCUGGUGCAUUUGGCUGGAAGGCUGUGCCAGGAACCCCAGAGCACCCCUCUUCUGAUGCUGGAACCCCUGGCCGAAGCGGUGCUGGGAAGCCCCCACUGGCAGUAUUUUCUCUCCAGCAUGGACGUGCUCCGAGUGUGCGUCCUCAUCCUCGCCCGUCGGGGCCAGCACCAGUCAGCCUGUCGGCUUCUGGAGCACUGCAGGGAGACUGGUGAGAGGGAGCAGCUAGUCCAGCUUUGGAAUGAGGUUCAUUACUGCAAGGUCAUGGACAAAUACCACGUGGAUUCCCUGACGCCUGUGCAGAAGUUUCGCUGCCGGAAAAGGAAUCCUCCUCCUCCUUCCCUCUGCCCUGAGGGCGUGAAGAGCCGCAACUUCUCCAGAGAUGUGCGCCAGAAGCUGCUGGGCUUUGCUGCAAGGGUGACCACGAACCCUAACAGGGAGCAGCAGGGGAGACUGGCCUUGGAGACGGGCCUGCAGGCCCACCAGAUCUAUAACUGGUUUGCCAAUUACCGCCGGCGCCAGAGGUCGACCGUCCAGAGACGAGCAAGGCUCCAGUCCUUUCCCCAAGGCGAGGAACCUGCAUCGGAAGCCCAGCCUUGGCUGGACACCGGACCUCGCAGCCUCCAGCCCCAGGCUGGAUUCCAGGGAGAUGUUUACCUGGGGCCCCCCGAGGCCCCCUUGGGUCCUUGUGAGCUGGCAUGGGAGCCACCCAUCCUGGACCUGAGGUGCCCUCCGGAGGAGGGGCUGGCUAAGCUGAUGGAUGCCAGGUUUGUGAGAAGCAACGAGAUGCCGGUCGAGAAGGUGGCCCAGGACCCCCGGGCUCUCCUGCUGACAGCAGGACCCAGCUUCCCUGGAGAAGGCCCCAGCACUGCCAUCUGCCCUCCUGCCUCUGCCAGCAGGCCAGGGCCUGUCCUUCCCGCCCUGGCCCCCUGGCCCGAGAGCUUCUUCCUGGGCCCCUGUGAGUCGCUGCCGGGCCAGGUCCAGGAAACAGUCUAUGGCCAAGAGCUGGAGCUCCUGCAGCCCAUCCCAGGAGCGUCCCGGGAGCCGGCCACCAUGGGGUCCCUCUCUGCCUUCUGGGACCCCAGACCCUCAGGUUACCAGGCUCCACCGGACAGGAGCCCUCUCAGGGCAGGCAUUGGGCCCCAUUCUGAAGUGGCCAGCGGACAGCCAGGCUUGGAGGUGGGCAGCUUCAUGCUCAGAGAAGAGCAGUUGGCACCCCUAGAGUGUGUCCUUCCACGAAGUUCAUCAGAGAUGGUGCUGGAGAAACCCUCGAGUCCCCACCAGGCUUCUGUCCUGGGCCAGCCCCAGGCUUUGGAAUGUGGCCAGAACCACCUGGCCCCUGCAGGAAACCCUGGAGCCACUCUGGGUGGCCUGGAUGCGAUGGACGAGGAGAAGGUGGAGAGCACUCCUGUUACAGGGGACUCUGAACAGACCUCCAGCGACACUUUCUGGGCCGCCCUGCUGUUGUUUGAAUUCUCGGGGGGCAACCGGGUCUGAGGCGCUCCUGGCGGAUGGCACGGGGGUCUCGGGCAGAUGGCCACUUGGAUUCCCAGGUCAAGCCCCCAGCACUUGGCGCGGUUUUCCUCCGUGUUGGAGAGGAAUGCUAAGCCCACCCUCGCGGGCACCCACUCCUGGGGGCUCUGCGGGGCCAGUUUUCUGUUCUCGUUGUGAGUAUGGGGGGGAGCU